AUGUCCUCGGUCAAAAGCGCUUCGGCGCCAAUUUAUUUUGGCUCCUUCUUGGUAACUCCCCAAGUCUUCCACCAAACGCCGCUUUCCUUUGCCCUCGUGAAUUUGAAGCCAAUCCUGCCCGGUCAUGUCCUAGUCUCACCUCGUCGAGUCGUGCCACGGGUCUCAGACCUCACCCCAGCCGAAACGAGCGACUUGUUCCUGACAGUCCGACGUGUCGGCCGCAUGAUUGAGCAGUACUACGGCGCUGCGAGCCUCAAUAUUGCCGUCCAAGAUGGUGUCCAUGCUGGUCAGAGCGUGCCGCAUGUUCAUGCACACAUCAUCCCUCGCAAGCCUGCGGAUCUGGACCCAACAGAUGCCGUCUAUGACAUGCUGGAUGGCGAGGAAGGCGAUGUAGGUAAGGCGCUUCGGGAAGUGCAGGCAGGUUUUCCUUCCGAUCCUGAGCGUAAACAGAGUCGCUCGCGAUUUCCGGCGGUUGAUAAUGAGGAGCGCAAGCCUCGUACUGCGGAAGAGAUGAGAAUUGAGGCUGAGUUCUUGCGUCGGGAGAUGGAGAAGGAGGACCUGGACUAG